UUUUGUGUGUACAUAAACAACUGAUAUGGAAAAAAUAACCCAUUUAUGGAAUGUAAAUCAAUUCAUUACAAAAUUGAAUUGUUCACAAAGUACGAACUUGCAAACAUUUUACAUAGGGAAAUGUAAAAAGUUAAGUAAAGGUGUAAUAUUACCACCCAAAAAUUUUAGUCCAUCUGUGAUGUGUCGGUACUGUGGAUCACUUUGGAAUACAGUGGAACAUAGUAUUCGAUUAGUAGAGGGUAAACCUCUUUCUAAAUCUAUUAAGAAAAUUGUAAAUACUAUGAAUAGUAACAAUGGAAGGAUACCUAUAGUUCGUAGAAAUCUAGUAAAAAAAUGUUUAAAAAAUAAAAGGAACAAAUUGGUACUGAAAUGUUCAGUAUGUUUGCAAAGUACAAAAAUUCCUUUUGAUAAGCCACAGAGGAUAAAAGCACAGAAAUCCAGUUCAGAGAGUACUAAAAGUGAAAUAAAAAAACGUAAAAAGAAAAAGACCAAAGAUAGAACUGCUGGUUUGAAUAUUUCUGGAGUUUCAAAUUUACCUACAGAGAAUGUCAAGGAAGAUUUAAAAGAAAUAAACACGAAAAAAGAAGGAGGUACUUCAAACUUUAUUACACCGACUCCAAAGCUAAAAAAAUUGAACAUAAAUAAAUUGAAAGAUAUUGUGAAUCAUGGUGCAACACCUCCAAAGAGAAAAAGUCUACAUAGUUUCUUAUCAGAAUUUUGCUAGAAAUCAAUUUAUUAUCAAAGUACUUUAUAAAAAUUCUAAAAUACUAUAAAUUAUUACUUAUUAUAUAAGGAAUAUUUGACACAUUUCUUUUAUAAAAAAGAAAAAAAAAAUGAACAUUCUUUUAUUGUAAUUCCAAAAUUCCUAUCCUGAAUUGACACAAUUGACUGUACAUCAAACAUCAGACAAUUAGUCAAUUUUUAUUCACUUUAAUUAUAAACUGUUCUCUACAUCGCUAUUCAUAUAAUAAAAUAAAUACACUAUACA